AUGGUAGCGUACGAAAGGAGGCCUCUGGGGGAGGCAGUAUGUGCUGCUGCUGCUGCUGCUGCUGCAGUGCAGCAGCAGCAACAGCAGCAGCAUCAGCAACAGCAGCAACAAGCGCCUGCGCUUGUUCCUGCGCGGGUGGUGACUCUGCUGCACCACCACCAGCAGCAGCAGCUGCUGCUGCUGCAGCAGCAGCAGCUGCAGCAGCAGCAGCAGCAGCAGCAGCAGCAGCAGCAGCAGCAGCAGCAAGAAAUGAAGCACUCAGAAAAGCAUAAAGGCUCCCUGGCGGUCUGCUGA